UGACUUCCGGGUCGCAGCGGCGCGGGCGCUCACGUGGGGUCGCUUGGCCUGCGGGUGCACCAGGAAUGGUCACCAAGACUCAGAAAGUAGACCUGGGCCCCCGGCUCCCAGAGAAGAAGAAAAAGAAGAAGAAGAGAAAGAAGACGAUGGUUACAGAGGUCACAGAACCAGAGACUCAAUACUCAGUCUAUUUUGUCGAUGUUUCUCCUCCAAGAGUCACAUCCCCCUCCAACAAUGUGGGUGAAGGACAGGACCCUGAGACAUCACUGGGCAAGAGAAAGAAGAAGAAAAAGUACCCUAGUGCUCACUUGGAGGAGCACCUGGAGUCUGAGGCCACACAGAGAGGAUGGAAAAAGUCCCCCAGCCCUAGAAGGCAGGUUCGUGAGCAGUCAGCAGAAUGCCUCAGCGGAGAGAAGAAAAAGAAGAGGGGGAAGUCCUUACCACCAGCCACCUCCCAAGGCUCAGUGCUGAAGACCUCCCCAGACCCCAAGCGUGCUGAGGAAGUAAGCAAAACCAGUAAGAAGGCCAAAAAACACAGGAAGGAAAAAAAGGUUCUGGACAUUGAGGCCUGUCCUCCCCAGGACUCGUGGUUCUGUGAGGCUGGGGAUGCUCUGUGCCCAUGCUCAGGGGAGACAGAGGGUGAGGAGCAGGCGGCCUUGGGGCAGAAAAGGAAGCAGGGGAGCCCCAGAGAGCACAGCACAAAGAAAAAGAAGAAGAAGACACACCAAGAGGGAGACAUCCUCCCAAUCCACUCCAAGGUCUCUGUAGAGAGCAGCCUGAAGAAAGGAAGUAAGAAGUCACUCAAAAGCGAAGCUUUGGACUACAUCCCAAUAGACAGCCCAAAGUCCCCUGGGAAGAAGAAAGUGAAAUCCAAGAAAAAGGUGGACCAGCCAGACAGUGAAGGGCUGGCUGUGAAAAGGAAGAAAAAGAAGAGGAAAGACAGUGGAGUAAAGAAAGAUCGCUGGCAGGAGGAAGAAGAGGAGUCGGACCUGGAGGUGGUACUGGAAAAGAAAGGCAACAUGGAUGAGGCUUGCAUAGAUCAGGUGAGGCGGAAGGCCUUGCAAGAGGAGAUUGAUCGUGAGUCGGGCAAGACAGAGGCUUCAGAACCCAAGAAGUGGACGGGAACCCAGUUUGGUCAGUGGGACACUGCUGGCUUUGAAAAUGAAGAACAGAAGCUGAAAUUCCUGAAGCUUAUGGGUGGCUUUAAGCAUCUGUCCCCGUCAUUCAGCCGCCCUCCCAGCAUGACUAGCAGGCACAACAUGGCCCUGGACAAGAAGUCUUCAGACACACUCCAGCAGAAUCUGCAGCAGGACUAUGACCGGGCCAUGAGCUGGAAGUACAGCCGUGGGGCUGGCCUGGGCUUCUCCUCUGAGGCUCGCAAGGUCUUCUACAUUGACCGGAACGCCUCCAAGUCUAUUAAGUUGCAAGAUUAAACUUUAUUGCCCUGUUCCUAAAACUGCAUUUCUUGAUCAGUUUUCCAUCUGCUAAGCUGGCUUGGAUCAGUCACCUGAGGACAUUGAGGACCACUCGUGUUGAGUUUUGGACGAGCAGGUGGAAGCUGCUUAUGUCAGGAACCAGUACCAGUGGCUAAACCUCCUAUUUUCUGUUCUAAACCUUCCACCUCCUUGGGUGAAAGUGUUUUAAGUAAUAGUAGCUAGCAGUUGUUGGCAUGUGCAGGGCCCUGACUAAGGUGUUUUCCUUGCAUUGAUGUAUUUAAACCUAAUUAUGGAAUGGGUGCUAUUUUCAUCACCUCUUAAGUUCAGGGAUAAAGUAAUAAAAUGCCCAGGGUCACCUCCGCUAAGUGCCAUCAAGAGUACAUCACACAGCUUCACUCGGUGAUCAGUGAAUGAAGAAAGCAAGUGUUAUGCCAUGUCUUCCAUGGGGACCAACAAAUUUGUUUCUCCUCUGUGGAGAUAGACCUCUGAGCUGGAGGCUUUCCAGCUGUCGUCCUUCCGUCUGAGUGCAGUGCUUGGAUUUGAUGUUUCUGCACAUGGAUUGAAUGUCAAACACGGCAUUUUGGACAGCAGGUAACCUACAUGUGGACCCAUGUGAGAUCCUCAACAGUGAGUUAACAGACCACUUGUGUAAAGUCAAACGUAAGGACCAAUGGGAAGGAAGGUGCUUCAUCUGUUGCCGGCACCAUCCCCAACCUGAACUGCACAGCAAGCUUCAGGACGCUCCAGCUUCAGAGAGCCACACAAUGGGACUUUCUUCUACCAGCCCUUGCAGUCUGGCAUUGAGACUCACAUAAGGACAUUUUCCCGUCUCUUGGUGUGGCACUUCACACAGAUACCCCAUUGCUGGCCUGCUCUCGCUUAGGCAGAAGUCCUAGCAGGGGUGGGGAGUGGAGGGAUUGAUGCUACGCUCAGCUGGGACCUCCAUCCUUCAUCCUCCAUCCUCAGCGGUUGUGUAAUUGAGCUGUCGGGAAGCUGGCAAAGGCAAUUCCAGGCUGCCCCACGGUAUUCUGGAGUUGGGAGAAAACCCUUUUUAUGGCCAAAGAAACUUCAGCAGCCUCUUAGGAAACCUUCAUGGCUUCAUUCAGUUCUGUGUGGAUGGUCCUGUAUCAGGCCCUAUGGUAAGGGAGAUGCCCCUCAGGCCAGCCACAGAGGGUGAGGUGUUCCAUACUGCCACAUGGGCAGCAGUGGAGAGACCGCCUGAAGCAGCUGCCUCUCUCCACCCUGUCCUGACCCGUUGGCAUGGGCCAUGACACAUCCUACAGGUCUGUCUGUUAGCAAAGACCUGUUUAGGCCACUCCCUCAGAUGAACUUGGUCUUUCAUAGAUUCAACCGCAAGGUACAAAAAAGAAGAGCCCUUCAUUCUCAGAGGACAGAAUUCUGUUUAAGUCAGCCUCUAGACCAGUGGUUCUCAACCUGUGGGCCAUGUCCUCUAUGUGGGUCUCAUGUUUAUGUCAUAAAUCCUAACACCAACGUUACAGAUAUGAAGUAGCAACAAAAUAAUUUUCUGGUUGGGGGUCAUCACAACAUGAGGAACAAUUGUAUCAAAGGAUCACAGCAUGAUAGAGGUUGAGAACCACAGCUCUAGACCAAUCUGGCCUUGAUCAGUACUGGGAACCAGCUGUGUAACUCCAGUAGUCACACUCCAGUUUGAGCAUGCCUUAGCGCAUCAUAUCUUGCACAUGGCCAUGUCUGGGUGGGAGAGGGUAGCUGGGUUGUCAUUUCAUGCCACAUACACCUUGGUAGCUGUCAUCCAGAUCUUUUCCUUACCUGUUACACACGUCUCAGUGCUGAAGGCUGACUCGGGUGCUCCAUUGCUCACCCUUCUCUAGAGAGAAUUGGAGUCUGUAAGCAAAGAAGGCUGUGGGCCUCCUUGCGAGUCCAGCCUUGUCUCUGCCACUCACAGUGUGGGCACUGAGGGCUGUGCUUCUGUUACCUAGGCUCCUGUCCUACCAGUAGUGGCUUGAAUCAUCCCCCACCCCCACCUCCAUGUCUUAUACCUUCUCCAGAACUUGAGUCUUCUGCAUAAUGUCCCAUGUGAACAUGGGAGGUCAGUGACCCAGCACAGGCCUUGAACUUGGCUGUUUGUCAGGCGUUUCUCACCAGUUACUGGUACUCUAUAGCAAUAUCCUUGUCCUUAGUCACCUGCCAAUGGUCACCCAAAUAUAAGGCCCUGUCCUGAGCUACUUUCCACACCCUGACUGACAAAAGUAUCUCCCAAUUAGACACAGCUGUUGCCUAAAGGAGGGUAUGCACUCAGCUCUGCAAGCUUCAUGCUACUCAGGUUGUGACAGGCAGAACGCCGUCUGUCCUUCCCCCGUUCCAGUACCCUUGGCAGAAGGGAAUUAAGAUUUCUAGUCAGAUGAAUUUGAAAUAAGAUUUGGAUUACCUGAGUAGGCUCCUCACAAAAUCCCUUAACUGGAAGGUGACAGGGUUCGUGUGGAAGAGACGUGGAAGCCAUGGACAGUCACUUGGGAAGGAAAAGGCCCCAAGCCAAGAACACGGGUGCCUUUAGGAGCUGUGUAAACUUCCACCAGAGCACUCACAAAGCAACUUAGCAACUAGCCCAGAGGACCAGUGAGUUGUGACCAAUAAUUGUCAGAUGGUAAAAACCACAAGAAGCUACUCUGCAUGUAAUUUGUUAAAGUAGCAAUAACCAGGAACUUAGGACAUGGGAAUGUCCCUGUUUUUCAUUUCCUAAGAAUCUCAUCAUAUGUCCUCCCUAAUGGGAGUAGAUGCCAUCCCAUGGAGAUGGGCUUUCAGAAACCAGCCUGCCACUACCAGGAGGGAAGCUGCCCCAGUCCACACUUCUGCCCAGGUCAGCAACAGGAUUCAGAGUUCCUGUGGUGUGUGUGCCUAAUGCAGGGCUAACCUGGGGUUAACACAGGAGCCCUGGGCAUUUUCUGGGCCAAUGUUGGGAACUGAUGCCUUUCAAUAUGGGCAGCUUUGAGGCAGAUACCACAGCACUUUCUGGUUCUGGUGUUUGUUCACAGCACAAGAAACAUUCUUCAGUAUCUGAUUCUUAUUUUUGGGACUGGCUCAUUUAUCCCAUAUUGGCCUCAAACCUGUAACUGAGGACACUGAACUAUUGAUCUUCCUGUCUCUACCUCCUGAGUGCUAGGAUUAUAGGCCUAUACCACCACACUCCGGUUAUGUGGGGCUUGUGCACGCCUGGCCAGCAUCCCACCAGCUGAGCCACAUCCUCAGCCUCAUGCCUCAUCUGAUAUUUUGUUUAGUUGGUUUUUUUUUUUUUUAAGACAAUUUUCUCAAUUCCUUGGGGUGGUGGGGGCUGUCGUCAGAUUGGCCCCAAAUAUACAAUAGUAACUCUAGCCUCAUAACAAGUAAGCAUAUGAGUUUAUAUGCAAAUGAUUUUUAACUUGUACUUUUCUAAAGUUAGUCAUGUAUAAUGUUUUAGAGUAAAAAUGAAUAAAAUCCAUGCCUAAAGCACA